AUGGGCGGCGUCCUGCCCCAGGGGCACGGUCUGAUCGACGACUACAAAAACCUCCACGGCAACGGGCCCCCUGGCACCACGGCCACUUCCCGCUGGCAGCCGCCCGCCUACAACAGCAGCAGGGCCUUUGGCACCCGCUACCCGCGUCCAGGCCGCAGGGCUUUCCCCCUGAAUCACGGCGCUGAGUGGCGCAAGAAAUACUCGCUUGUGAAUCGGCCCCCAGGGUCCUUGGAUCGACCCGGGGAAGGUGCUGCACAGCCCUCCUGCAGGGCGGGCGGCAGCCAGGAGCCCGGCCCCCAGCAGUACGUCCUGGAGCGGCAGGUCCAGCUCAGCCCUGACCAAAACAUGGUCAUCAAGAUCAAACCGACAUCGAAGCCAGGCUCAGCUAGCGCCUCAGAGGUCCCGCGGGGCUCCCUGGAAGGGGACCAGGAUGCUCCCCAGGGUGACCCUCGGCCUCAGGAGGGUGAGGGGGAGCCUCCAGGUGGGCAGCGACAGCCCUCCAGGCCCGCCCGAGCCAGGGGCUGCUGCAGCGCCGAGGACCCACUGCUCGUCUGCCGGAAGGAGGCCGGCAAGACCCGGGCGGCGAAGCUCCUGGGCAGUGUGGGCGAUAGCUCCCCGGAGCCCAGGCGGACAGUCAGCGAGAGUGCGAUUGUGGUCAAGGGCCGCUGCUCGCCCUCUGCUCCGGCCCCGCGCCGGAAGGGGGCCCCUCAGGCUGGGGCCAGCUGUGCUGCACAGCUCCUUGGGGACGGGAGAGCCAGCGCCGGCCAUCCAAGGCAGCCGGCUGCCUCCGGCUUGGGGGCGGCCCUGGCCAGGCCAGCCUCUGGGCCCAGGCAGACACGAGAGGCCUCGCAUCCUGGGCCUUGUCGAGCCAGCAAGUUCCAGAAAAGCAACUACAAAUGGGUGGCCGCCUCGGCGAAGAGCCCGCGGGCCCCUCGGAGGGCGCUCAGCCCGCGGGCGGCUGUGGGCAACGGCUGCAGGGCCCCGCUCGGCACGGCGGAGGCGGCGGAGAAGCCCGAGCUCGGGGCGGGCCUGGACGCCAAGGGCCAGAGGCCAGCGGCGCCCUCCACACCCGGGGCCUCCCCCAGCAAGUACAAGUGGAAGGCCUCCAGCCCCUCCGCCUCCGCCGCCUCCUCCCACUGGCCGUCGGAGGGCAGCAGCAAGGACCGCGCCUCCCGGCUUUCUCCCGUCCCGUCGAGGUCGCCCCCGGGGGGCCGGGCCGCAGGGGCGCCCAGUAGCUCGAAGCCCCUCCUCGGCGAGCCCUCGCUCUCUGCUUACAAAGUGAAGAGCCGAACCAAGAUCAUCCGGAAGCGGACGGGCGCCAGGGAGUACAAAUCCCAUGAUGCCAUCACCAUUGAAGGGAGGAUGCUGGGAACCGAGGGUGGAGUCAGCAGCCAGGCUUGGCCCCUGGCCGCCCCGCCCACCGCCCCUGCUUCCUCCGCCAGUGCAGUGCAGCCGGGACAGGCUGACUUUGGGGUGGGGGCCCCCUGGCUGCCUCCGCCCCUGCAGGGCCGGCUGCCUCCGGCACGCCCCGCGCGUCGGGGCUGUGGAAGAGCCGGGCGCGCUGGCCUGUCCCCCCAGAUGCCCGUGUGCUCCUACUUCCUGAGGGGGGUCUGCAGCAGCAGCGACUGCCCCUACAGCCACGUCUACGUGUCCCGGAAGGCUGAGGUCUGCGCGGACUUCCUCAAAGGCUACUGCCCGCUGGGCGCCAAGGUGAGGGCCCGCGUGGGCAUGCCUGUGCCGCCUGCGCGCAGCCUCGGGCUUGCUCAGGUCCAGGAGGAGGCUGAGGCCUGGCAGGGCCCUGCUGACCGGUGCGGGGCCCCGGGCGCUCGGGAUACCCCAGAGGGCAGACCCCUCAUCUCUGUGGCCGCCACCACCGUCACCUGGGUCACUCGGGGGCUGCAGUCCGCCCGCAGUACAGCAUGGUGGCCAGACCCCAUGGUCAGCUCCUCGGCUGGCCCGGGACAAGACGGGAAACGCCCCGGGCUGGUGGCUGGCAGGGAGGGCCAGUGA